AUUUUGAUGUGGCUCCCAUUAUAAGAAACUCCUAUUUAUUAAUCACUUUCAUAGUUUCGUUCCCCGCACACCGUUCCCGGCCAUUCGCUCCCGCCGCCACUCUUUAUGUACAGGAGCUCCGCCGCGGCUUCCAUCUCCACCUCCCAAACUUCGCCUUCCGAUUUCCGACAUGGAGAGCCUCUUGAAGGACUUUGAGCUCGAGCACAAGAAUCCAUCUGUCGAAGCUCUCCGCCGAUGGAGAUCCGCCGUGAGCUUCGUCGUGAAGAAUCGCCGUAGACGCUUCCGUAUGUGCGCUGAUCUUGAUAAGCGGUCUGAAGCAGAGCAGAUUAAGCAGGGAAUCAAGGAAAAAAUUCGGAUUGCUCUAUAUGUUCAGAAGGCAGCAUUGCAAUUUAUCGAUGCUGGUAAUCGAGUUGAAUACGAGCUACCGGAAGAGGCAAGAGAAGCUGGUUUUGGCAUUCAUGCAGAUGAGGUUGCUUCUCUUGUUCGUAGCCAUGAUUAUAAGAACUUGAGUAAUAAUGGUGGGGUUGAAGCCCUUGCAAGGAAACUGUCAGUUUCUGUGGAUGAAGGUGUCAGUGAAGCGAGUAUAAACUCCAGACAACAGAUAUAUGGGGCCAACCGUUAUACAGAGAAACCUUCGAGAUCGUUCCUGAUGUUUGUGUGGGAUGCACUUCAGGAUUUAACUCUAAUCAUUCUUAUGGUUUGUGCUGUAGUUUCUAUAGGUGUAGGGAUUGCCACUGAAGGGUGGCCAAAGGGAACGUAUGAUGGUGUGGGAAUCAUACUCAGUAUAUUGUUGGUAGUUGUUGUUACUGCUAGCAGUGAUUACAAGCAAUCUCUUCAGUUCAUGGACUUGGACAAAGAGAAGAAAAAGAUCUUUGUUCAGGUCACCAGGGAUGGGAAAAGACAGAAGAUCUCAAUUUAUGAUAUAGUAGUGGGUGAUAUUGUGCAUUUGUCAACUGGAGAUCAAGUUCCAGCUGAUGGGAUUUUUAUAUCAGGAUACUCUUUGCUUAUUGAUGAAUCGAGCUUGUCAGGUGAAAGCGAACCGGUAUAUGUAUAUGAUGAAAAACCUUUUCUUCUCUCAGGCACCAAAGUGCAGGAUGGUCAAGGGAAGAUGUUAGUUACAACUGUUGGCAUGAGGACUGAAUGGGGAAAAUUGAUGGAAACUCUGAAUGAGGGAGGAGAGGAUGAGACCCCAUUGCAGGUGAAAUUGAAUGGAGUUGCUACUCUUAUUGGUAAAAUUGGUUUGGUGUUUGCCGUUCUUACAUUUUUGGUAUUGACUGUAAGAUUUCUGGUCGAGAAAGCGCUUCAUGGUGAGAUUUCUAGUUGGUCUUCGAAUGAUGCAUUGAAGCUGCUGGACUACUUUGCUAUCGCUGUAACCAUAAUAGUUGUUGCAGUUCCUGAAGGAUUACCACUGGCUGUGACGCUCAGUCUUGCUUUUGCAAUGAAAAAAUUAAUGAAUGACAAGGCGCUUGUGAGACAUCUUGCUGCUUGUGAGACUAUGGGUUCAGCUAGUUGCAUUUGCACAGAUAAGACAGGGACAUUGACCACUAACCAUAUGGUGGUUGAUAAAAUAUGGAUAUGCGAAACCGCUAUGCAGAUGAAAGAUAAUGAGAGUGCUGACAAACUCAAAACAAAUAUAUCUGAAGGAGUACUAAACACCCUUUUGCAGGCUAUAUGUCAAAAUACUUCUUCUGAAGUAGUUAAGAAUGAAAAUGGAAAGCACAUAAUAUUGGGAACCCCAACAGAAUCAGCAUUAUUGGAAUUUGGUUUGCUUUUGGGUGCUGAUUUUGACGCCCAGCGUAGCGUGUCUAAGAUAAUCAAGAUUGAGCCAUUCAAUUCAGUCCGGAAGAAGAUGUCUGUGCUUGUGGGUCUUCCUGAUGGAGGGGUCCAAGCUUUCUGCAAAGGUGCAUCAGAAAUAAUUUUAAAAAUGUGUGACAAAGUUAUUGAUUUCAAUGGGGAAGUUGUUGAUCUUCCGGAAGACUGCGCAAAUCAUGUCGCUGAUGUUAUAAAUAGCUUUGCCUCUGAAGCUUUGAGAACUCUUUGUUUGGCCGUCAAAGAUAUAAGUGAAACACAGGGGGAUAUAGACAUUCCAGAUAGUGGCUAUACUCUAAUCGCCAUAGUAGGAAUCAAAGAUCCUGUACGCCCCGGGGUUAAGGAAGCUGUUCAAAGUUGUUUAGCUGCUGGUAUAACUGUCCGCAUGGUUACUGGUGAUAAUAUUUAUACAGCUAAAGCUAUAGCUAGAGAGUGUGGUAUACUUACUGAAGAUGGUGUGGCCAUAGAAGGACCCGAUUUUCGUGACAUGUCUCCGGAGCAAAUGAAGGAUGUCUUACCAAGAAUCCAGGUGAUGGCACGGUCCUUACCACUUGACAAGCAUAAGUUAGUAACCAAUUUGAGGAGUUUGUUUGGUGAGGUAGUCGCUGUUACUGGAGAUGGAACCAAUGAUGCUCCUGCACUGCAUGAGUCAGACAUUGGACUUGCCAUGGGCAUAGCUGGAACUGAGGUUGCAAAAGAAAAGGCUGAUGUGAUUAUAAUGGAUGAUAACUUUGCGACUAUCGUCAAUGUGGUCAAAUGGGGACGUUCUGUGUAUAUAAACAUCCAAAAGUUUGUGCAGUUUCAGUUAACAGUUAAUGUUGUUGCUCUGGUUAUCAACUUCUUCUCUGCAUGCAUCACUGGUUCUGCUCCACUCACAGCUGUUCAGUUGCUUUGGGUCAACUUGAUUAUGGACACUCUUGGUGCAUUAGCCUUGGCUACUGAACCUCCUAAUGACGGACUCUUGAAAAGACCCCCAGUUGCAAGGGGAGCAAGCUUUAUCACCAAAGCUAUGUGGAGGAAUAUUAUUGGUCAAAGUAUAUAUCAAUUAAUUGUACUUGUCAUUCUAACAUUUGACGGGAAGAGGCUACUCAGACUUAGUGGUUCAGAUGCAACUAGAGUGCUCAACACUUUGAUAUUCAACUCCUUUGUAUUUUGCCAGGUGUUUAAUGAGAUAAACAGCAGAGAUAUUGAAAAGAUAAACAUAUUCAGGGGCAUGUUUGACAGCUGGAUAUUCGUGGCUAUAAUUUCGGCGACUGUGGUGUUUCAAGUGGUGAUAGUUGAGUUCCUGGGAGCGUUUGCCAGCACUGUGCCUCUAAGCUGGCAAUUCUGGUUACUCAGUGUGUUGAUUGGAGCAAUUAGCAUGCCUAUAGCUGUUAUCCUCAAGUGCAUCCCAGUUGAAAGAAAUACUAGCAGCAAGAAGAAGCACCAUGAUGGUUAUGAGGCUCUUCCAUCUGGUCCCGACCUGGCAUAAGAUUUAAAAACAGGAUUUCAGAUUUCCCAUUCAUGCAUGUAGGGACUGGAUCGUUUGGCUUGUGAUUCAAAGAUCUCUCAACACUUGCAACACUGAUAAUGAAGUUUAAACUGGUGAAGCAGAAAGUAGAGAUUCCUUGAAUAUUUUGUUGAUAAGUCGCAUUUUCAGUUCGGAUGUGUGCAUAUUUGGAUAUCUUUUGAUUCUAAAUUUUUUUGGUACUUCUAUAUUUUUUAUUUUGAAAAUAUAUUCAUUUUGUAAUUUGAAUGAUAUUGAAUAGAAUACCAAACUCAACAUUGCUUC